CAAACGUCAGUCAUAGACGUCAAACGUCCGGUGUUAUUUUUUCCUAAAUAUUUAGGUCGGACACAGUUUUGAAAAAAAUCGGAAAAUGAAUUAUUUACAAUUGCUGAGAUAUUUAAACGGACUGUAAAAAAUAUGUCUGUAUAAUAAGCUUAUUUUAAAUUGCGUUUUCAAAUUUCCCUCUUCAUGUAAAUGACAGUUCAUGAACGAUGCCGUCACAAGUGUCAACUGUUUUUCCCUUUUCUGUCACCAAAACUGAAAAAUUUUGCUGAAAUGUGCGGUCGUCUUUUAUAUUUCCUCAGUUAACAUUGUAAUAUAUAUUUUUAUCGGGUUCGACGGACUGAUAACUGGUAUACGCCUAAUUGGUAUCAGCGCGUUAGUGCCAGUGGUGCAGUCGAACAAAUUUAAGUAACAAAAUGGGCAACGUACAUGCUUAUUCUUCGACACCUCCACCACCACCCCCAGGAAUGAGUUUUCCAAAAAAUAAAAGCGACAAGCCAUGUGACGAUCCUUCACUAUCACCCUCUGGAGCAAACGAAGUUAUAGAGAACCCAGGCCCCCUUGAGGACAUUCACACAAAGUGUAAAAAUGUGUUUCCAACAUGUUUCGAAGGUGCACGAGUUAUGCUUACCAGAGGUCUCAGUAAUCAUUUCCAAAUAUCACAUACAAUGAACAUGAGCUCUGUUACACCUAGCGGGUACAGAUUUGGUGCUACCUAUGUUGGGACAAAGCAGAUAUCUCCCAGCGAGGCAUAUCCUAUAUUACUAGGUGAUGUUGAUCCCUCAGGAAACUUAAAUGCAACUAUUAUUCAUCAAAUACAUCCAAAACUUCAGGCAAAAUUUGGAGCACAGGUUCAAAACUCCAAAUUCCAAGUUGGCCAGCUGACACUAAAUUAUAGAGGCAGUGAUUAUACUGCCAGUUGCACAGUGGCCAAUCCAGAUAUUGUUAAUGGAUCAGGAGUUGUUGUAUUACAUUAUUUACAAGCAGUCACAGCAAAGCUAGCAUUGGGCUCGGAACUAGCUUACCAGAAAGGCUCUGGAAUACCAGGAGGGGAAAUAGCUUUACUAAGUGCAGCAGCUAAAUACACCACGGAAAAUGUGCAAGUAUCAGGUACAUUGGGAGUAUCUGGUGUACAUUUGUGUUAUUACCAAAGAGCCAGUAAACAGCUACAGAUUGGGGUGGAGUUAGAAGCUAAUCACAGAAUGCAGGAAGCUGUUGCGUCUAUCGGUUAUCAAGUUGACUUGCCUAAAAGUGAAGUAGUAUUUAAAGGUCACGUAGAUUCAAACUGGUCAGUAGGAGCAGUUCUAGAGAAAAAAUUGAGCCCACUGCCGCUUACUUUAGCUCUUAGUGGUCUAAUGAAUCAUAAUAAGAAUCAGUUUAGGCUUGGAGUUGGUAUACUUAUCGGAUAAAAUAAACGUUCCAAAAAUAAUAGACUACCAAAUUUGUUGUUGGACUUUUACCAAUUAAAGUUAUUAUGCAACAACAGCAAUCGUUUUAAUGCCUAUUUUUUUAUGUUAUGGUUCGCGUAAUUGUCACAAUAUUUUUGUACAUACAUUUUUUGACAUGUGUUCAUUACUUAAACUAUGUAUAAUCUGGAUGCGUGUCUCACUGAGUUUAUUUAUAUAAAGUGCAUUUACUUUUUUAAGUGUAUGUCAAAAAAUUUGUGUUUGUAGACCAAAACAAAUCCCCACUUUUUGUUGAUUUUUUUACAGUGUUAUUUACAAAAUGUAAAAUAGAAAAAUAUAUUGUUAAUUGAAAACAGUUUAUUAUUCUUCAGCAAUUGAAACAAUGUUCUGUAUUUAUUUU